UGCUCUAGAUGUAUCCUUUCGGAGACCAUUUUUUGCGGCGGCAUCGUAGUGCGGAGCGAAGUGCUCGUUCCCCAAUCGUCCAUAUCAUAAAUAAGUGUCGUGCGCGAGCUAUGUCACCAUGGUGCACGCUCCUGUUCAUCAUCCACUUGGUUUGAUACUACUCUUACCACAUUUGAAGACUCUCAGGCUUGACAUUGUGGACCGCUGUGGCUUUUCGCCAAAGAUGCCUUCUCAAAUCGAAAAUGCCCCAACAGAGAGGGCAAACUCGAAAUGCGGAUGCUUGUACACCAAUAUCGAUAACGACGCGAUGAUGAAGACUGCAGUUUCAACGCUUGCUCGGUACGGCGGUAACUUCGAGCCAAACCUGAUUACUAGAGCAAAAGGUGUUUACAUUUUCACGGCAGAUGGCCGAAAAAUCCUGGACUUUACAUCUGGACAAAUGUCUUGCCUCAUUGGACAUGGACAUCCUGAAAUCGUUCAAACAAUCACUCAACAUGCUACUCAUCUCGAUCAUCUAUUCAGUGGCAUGCUAAGCCCACCAGUUGUACAGUUGGCUGAGAAGCUUACAAGCCUCCUUCCACCUGGACUUGACAAGGCAAUGUUUCUGAGUACGGGGGCUGAAUCGAACGAAGCUGCGAUAAAGAUGGCAAAACUGUAUACAGGAAAGUUCGAGAUUGUUGCUCUUGGUAAUUCAUGGCAUGGCAUGACAGGAGCUGCCAGCGCAUCAACGUAUCAUUCCGGGCGUAGGGGGUAUGGUCCAUUUGUCCCGGGAAGUCUUGUCCUUCCCUCACCAAACGCAUACCGAUCUAUGUUCAGACACCCCGACGGAUCUUAUGACUGGGAGAGUGAACUCAACUAUGGAUGGAAUCUCGUCGACACUCAAUCCGUCGGAUCCCUCGCAGCAGUCAUUCUCGAGCCAAUCCUUAGUUCUGGCGGUAUGCAUGUUCUGCCGGCCGGCUAUCUCAAGGCAAUGAAAGCACACUGCGAGAAACGUGGCAUGCUACUCAUUGUUGACGAAGCCCAAACUGGUAUUGGAAGAUGUGGAUCUAUGUUCGCAAUUGAGCAUGAAGGUGUCACCCCAGACAUCCUGACUCUUAGCAAGACCCUUGGAAAUGGUCUCCCGCUGUCUGCGGUAAUCACUUCGAAUCUUAUCGAGCAGACUUGCUUCGAUCGCGGAUAUUUAUUCCUCACGACUCAUGUGAACGACCCUCUACCUGCUGCCGUGGGUCUCAAAGUCCUCGAGGUAGUCAUCCGUGACGGCCUUGUAGAACGAUCGCGAGUAGCUGGAUUAAAGUUGCACGCCGGACUGCUGGAGCUUCAACAGAGAUAUGGAUGCAUUGGAGAUGUGAGAGGUCGUGGUCUCAUGGCAGGUGUCGAGAUCAUAAAGGAUGUUGAAACUAAAGAACAGGGAUUAGAUCUGGCUGCUGCUUUGGGAGACCGUAUGAUGGAACUUGGACUUUCUGCCAAUAUUUUGGGCUCGAAGAUGUUUGGAGGGGUGUUCCGCAUUGCGCCGCCCAUCACUAUUACCGAUGAAGAGCUGGAAGCCGCAUUGGAGAUCUUCGAGGAAGUUCUCAGAAGUACAUCAGGGACUUUACAUAGAUGACUUGGCUGAAUUUAGGGCUCGUUUUGCUUUUGAUCGCGAAAUGCUUAGUCAAAUGGAGCUGGCAAAUGGCAAUGGAGGCGGACUAAGGCGGACUAAGACAUGGAAUCUUACUCGUUAUGAAUAUUGACUGUUGAGUCUUCCUCCACGAAGUUUGUUUUUGAUAUAAUAGUGGCUUUUCAAACCCUUCAAAGCUUGGACACGAUUGGAGGCAAGUUGAAAUGAAGGCAUUCAAGUCUUUGACGCAGCAGUGGUCGAUCAAGGCCAUGGAAGUCUCUUGGGAAGGCUUUAAGAAGUCCCAAUGCAGCACCGCAGCCCCUUUGAGCUGAAAACAGGCAGGACGUAUUAUUUUGACUCAGGAGUGCUCUUCAUACUCGGUCAGUCGCUAUUGUGGUCACAGAAGAAUGAAGUUUGUUGAUUCAGGG